AUCUCUUCGGAUCGGAGGAUGCCACAAUAUAAUGGAAGGAUUAUGACCUCGUUUGGUCACUCGCGAAUUUGGAAUUUAAGUUUUAGGUGUUGAAUGUUUUUUGGAGAGGGGCCGAAGGAAGAAGAAGCUAGGGAGGUGAUAUGAUGUUCCCGGUUGUUAGUACGCUUCUUAAUGAUAAACAGAUUGGUCACAAUAAGGGGAAGUCAGGAGUGAGAUUCAGCAGUGUUUUUUUCCCCGGAGGGUCUUCACAUAACGCGAGUGCAGAUACGAUUGAUGCCGCAAAGGGGAGCCGAAGUGAAGGCGGGCUGCAGAGACUCCAGAUGUGGAAGAUAUGCGGGCAGGGUUUAUGGCGGUGGAUGCACCAAAAACGGGGAAGAGACGGGCUUAGGAAUUUGUGCUCACCCGGGUCUUCUUCGGAAGCAUUUUCAUUGCAGUAUUCUAUUUUUAUUUUUGUCAUUUCAUUUAAGUCGUUUGGAUUUUAGUUUUACCGGAUUGUGUUUACUCGGGGUGACUCUUGUUUGUUUUUUUAGAGAAAAGGGUCAAAUAAGGCCUUCUACUAUUACGAAAUAGUCAUAUAAGGUCAUUGCUCAAUAAAGUGUUAUAUAAGUACCUCUACUUGUAUAAAGCAAUCAAAUGAGUCCUAAAGGCUUAUUUAACACCUCCUAAUCCCG